CCCCAUCAAGGGCCCAGGACUGCCCGCUGCUGUCGCCGCUGCCGCUGCCGCAUACCGCUCCACCGUCCCGGCCAACCUCUGAUCCGCCGCAAUGGCCGCGAUGAAGCUUGCCCUGCUUGCUCUCUCUCUCUGCUUGGCCCUGUCCCAGGUCCAUGGCUUCUACCUCCCUGGCAUGGCGCCCAGGGACUACGAGAAGGGCGACGCCGUCAAGCUCUCCGUCAACGUCGUCUCGGCCCCGUUUGUGCUGCCUUACGACUACUACAACCCCCGCUUCCACUUCUGUGCGCCCAAGGAUGGUCCUGUUUCCAACUCUGAGAGUCUGGGAAGCAUUCUCUUUGGUGACCGUCUGCAGAGCUCUCCGUUCGAGCUGCAAAUGCUCGUCGACAAGACUUGCAGCGUUCUCUGCGAAGCCACCGUUCCUGCCGAUGAUGCUCACUUCAUCAAUGAGAGAAUCCACGAGAACUACAUACUCAGCUGGCUCGUCGAUGGCCUCCCUGCUGCCCAAAUCCGCCAUGAUGCUGAUGGCCAAAACAUCUUCAAGAUUGGCUUUCAGCUCGGCACCGUCAAGGCGGACACCCCGUUCCUGCAUAACCACUACGAUAUCACCCUUCACUACCACUCCGAGAACGAAGGCUCGAACCGCAUUGUUGGCGUGCUGGUUGAUCCGUACAGUGUCAAGAAUGUCAACAAGGAUAGCCAGUGCCAGUACGGCGCCAGCCAUACCCCAGACAUGUCCCUCAGUACCGACUCUUCGACAACGGUCACCUACACCUACAACGUCAGGUGGAUCAAAAAGACAGUUUCGUGGGCUACUCGCUGGGACAACUACCUCCAUGUGACCGAUGCCCAGGUCCACUGGUUCAGCAUCAUCAAUUCGAUCGUGAUUGUCUUUAUGCUUUCCGGCAUGGUUGCCAUGAUCCUGCUGCGUGCCCUCCACAAGGACAUCUCGCGAUACAACAGUUUUGCGGACGAAGAUGGCGGAAACGAAGACUUUGGCUGGAAGCUGGUCCAUGCCGACGUGUUCCGCCCGCCUCAGUAUCGCAUGAUCCUCUCUGUCCUGAUUGGAAACGGCGCCCAGAUGUUCUUGAUGUGCGGUGUCACUCUAGUCUUCGCGGUGCUCGGCUUCCUUUCGCCCUCGAGUCGUGGAUCGCUUGCCACCGUCACGAUCAUGUUCUACAUUUUGUUCGCCGGAGUCGCUGGCUAUGUCUCGGCACGUCUGUACCACUCGCUGUUCGGCGAGCACUGGCGUCGCAACGUGAUGCUGACGGCCACGCUGAUUCCCGGCACUCUCUUCUUGAUCUUCAUCAUCUUGAACUUUUUCCUGAUCGGCGCCGACUCGUCCUCCGCCGUGCCUUUCGGAACCAUGGCUGCCCUCUUUGCCCUGUGGUUCUUCCUCUCGCUGCCUCUGUGCAUGGUCGGCGCCUACUACGGCUUCCAAGCCCCUGUCUUUGAAAGCCCCUGCAAGACCAACCAAAUCCCACGCCAGAUCCCCACCCAGCCACUCUACCUGAGCUUCUGGGUCUCGGUUAUUGUCGGAGGCAUCCUGCCCUUUGGCGCCAUCUUCAUCGAGCUGUUCUUCAUCAUGGGAUCGAUCUGGUUCCACCGCAUCUACUACGUCUUUGGCUUCCUCUUCUUGGUCUUUAUUAUCUUGAUCAUCACCUGCACCGAGGUGUCCGUCUUGAUGUGCUACUUCCAUCUGUGCAACGAAGACUACAACUGGAGCUGGAGGGCCUUCAUGACCAGUGGCGCCAGCGGCCUCUACAUGUUCUUGUACAGCAUCCUGUACUAUGUUCGCCAGUUCCAUUUCACCAACGUGCCAGCCGCCACCCUGUACUUUGGCUGGUCCUUGGUCAUGUCCAUCCUGUUUGCCAUUCUCACCGGCACCGUUGGAUACGUUGCCUGCUUUGCCUUUGUCCGUAAGAUCUUUGGCGCCAUCAAGGUCGAUUAACCAAGAGGCCCUCGCCCGCGCUGUG